GUGCCCAAGGCAUCGCAGGAGAGGGCGUUCAAGGCGCUCACAGCAGCGCUGGGCGGCGUGCAGCGGCCGCUGGCGCUGCUGCAGCUGGCAUGCGAGCUGUGCCACCUCGACGCCUCCCUCGCCAAGUUCCACGCGAAGGCGCUGCUGCGGGCGGGCAAGGAGGUGCUGCGGGGGGCGGCGUCCGUGGAGCACCGCCUGUACGCCGUGCGCCUGCUCAAGGACGCCAUGCGCAGCUGUGGGGCUGUGCAAGCUGUGGGGCUGAUUGAUAAGGCAUGGGCGUGGGCGGAGCUGAGAGACGUGGUGGCGCUGCUGAGGGAGGCCGCCAACCACCCCAAGCUCAAGCCCGACGCGCUGGCGGCUGGCAAGGCCAUCCAGGAGAAGAAGGCUCCACACGGCCACUCAUUUGUCUUCCCACUUCGCUCCACUUCUCUGCCUUCUCGCAGCUCUUGCACACUCUCCCUCCUCAUUGCACUCUCCCUCCUCAUUGCACUCUCCCUCCUCAUUGCACUCUCCCUCCUCAUUGCACUCUCCCUCCUCAUUGCACUCUCCUGCUCUACCCUGCUUUCUCCCAUCACCCAUCCCGCCCCCCAUGCCCCCUGCACCCAUCAGAAGCACUUCCCCAGGCCAGGCGCCACGUCGUCAGCCACCAAGGCAGCAGCGCGCUGGCGCCCCGACGCUGCCACGCACACACCGCACGCCCACCCCGCCGACUCUCCUCGCCACGCCACGCCCGGUGCGGGCAGCAGCAGCAGCAGGAGCCAGGCGUGGAUGGGUGCUGAGAGCGAUGAGAGCAAGGCGGGUGAGGGUCGGCACGGGUGGCAGCAGCAGGGGCGGGCAGAGGGCGAGGGAGAGGGUCCCACGUCGCCCACGCACUCAGCUGCCUCCUCCUCUGCUGCCCGCACCGCGCCCCUUCCACUCGCCCACGGCGUGCCUGCGCCCGCUGCUGCACGAGCAGCCUCACAGCCAUCGGAGCCUCCCCCACGCGACCCCACGCUCUACUUCACCCCCCUGCCCGCCCUGCCCCACCACGCCUCCUCUCUGCACUCCUCCACACACGCAGCAGCAGCGCCAGCAGAAGCGGAAGCAGGGGGGGCGCAGGGAGCAGCGGCAUCAGAGGAAAGUUUGGCGUUUCAGAGUCCGGCAGGGCAGUUCACGGCCUUCCAGGCGCGGGGCAGCGCCACGUUCACCACCACGGCGGUGCACGGCAGCGCCCUCUCCGCCACGCCGCCCCCCUCUGCGCCCUACUCCGCGCGCUCGCCCGCCUCCCUCUCACACCUCGGCCCCUCGCCCUCCCUCUACCUCGGAGCCGGUUCCACCCAAGGCAAAGCGUUUGUGUCCCCAGGCCAUGGUGGGAGUGGUGAGAGUCCAGAGGACAUGCGGUCGGUGCGGCGGCGGGUGUUCCACGACGACGUGGGGCCACGGGAUAUGCCGCACAGCGCCUUCUCGCCUCACUUGCUGCCCUUUCACUCCGCUGCCAAGUCGUUUGAGUCGAAUCCGGUGCCGCAUGCGUUGAGUGAGCAGGCAGCAGCAUGGGGGGGCGCAGGGGGGAGAGGAGGCAGGGCGGGUGGGCAUGGAGAGCAGGAGAAUGUUUUUGCUGGGGCCAGCGGGCACAAGGCCAUGGGGCGGGCUGCUGCUGCCAACGGCGCUGGCAACGGUGGUGGCAUUGGUGGGCAGGAGUGGAGCCCCACGAGUGAGAGCAGCAGGGGCAACGUGAGGAGCAGCCUGUCACCCAGCACGAGUGGCGAGGGGCGUGAGGCGGUGCGAGGAGGCAAGGCCAGGUCGCCACACAGCCGCGCCAACUCGCCCCUCUACGAGCUCGCUGCUGCCUUUGUGCGCGCCCGCAAGUCGCCGGACCUCUCUGGCAGGCUCGGCACCUUUAGCCUCACCUCCGGCAGCCCGGACCUGCUGGGGGCGUACCGCCUGGGGGGCAGCAGGAUGGCGGGGGGGACGCUGGGCGGUGCUGCUGGUGAGGGGGGCGGCAGAGGGAGCCCCAUGCGCAUCACUCUCUCAGGUGUGCCCCAUGCGCAUCACUCUCUCAGGUGUGCCCCCAUGCGCAUCACUCUCUCAGACUCCGCCAUGGCCCCUCACUCACCCCACGCACGUGACUCCCUGGGCCGCUCGCACCACCUGGCCUCGCCCUUCUCCUCGCCGCUCUUGCCCUCGCAGCCAGCAGGCAGCAUGCAGGCGGGCACGGCAGGGGGUGUGGGGGAGGGAUCAGGGCAGGAGGGCUUCCUGUUGCACCUGUCACCCCAUGCAGGCUCGUCCGCCAGUGCACAGGGCGGUAACAGUGGUGGCGUGGGCAGCAGAGCAGGGGCGGGUGGCGGUGUGGGCAUGGGCAGCAGUGGGGUGUUUGUGCGGCUGAGUGGGGACGUGGAGCACGGGGCGGGGGCUGCACAGCCGUCAGCGGACUGCAAGGCGGCCGGGGAGGGGGGAGGUGGAGGGGGCAGUGGAGCGGUGCUGGCAGCACACUUGGCCACGGGGGGAGAGGGGGCGGGGACCCUUGGGAGUGCCGGGGACAAAAGUGAGUCGGCACAGGCGUCAGCAGCAGCGGGCAGCUCUCCUGGCAGCAGAGGGUCAGGCGGGGGCAGUGGUGAGGGCAGCAGCGAGUGGGAGGGGUCGUCGGGCUUCUGCCGCCUCAUCUCCGACGCUGAAGUCUCCUCGGCUCUCGCCAGCAUGCGCGCCACUCACGCGCUCUCCGCCCUCAGCAGCAACCCCACGGGCAGCAGUAAGGACGGCAGCUACAGCAGCAGCGCCAGCAACGCCCACCGCGCCACGCUCCCCAUGGGCUCUGCGCCACCACCACUGCACCGCACGUCUGAGCCGCCCCCGCCCUCCCACGCCCAGCCCUCCACACCCGUGCUCUUCGCCCCGCCUCCCCCACUCCCAGCCAGCAUGCAGCUCGCCCCGCCCUCCCAGCCCGUGGAGCAGCAGUUGCAGGGGCAGCAGGAGAGAGGCGCCGGGCUGGGGCGGGUGCACAAAGGGGAUGAGGGAGAGAGUGAGGACGGGCAGGGGGAGGGGCAAGGAGAGGGGCGGGAGGAGGCGAGUGGGUUUGGGGCGAGCUGCCUGUCCCCGCCGGGCAGCAUUGGCCGCUGGACGCUGCAGGGUAAGCCGCCCCCGCCCAUGGCGCUCUUUAUGGACGGGGGGAGUGGUGUGACGUCAGCGCGGGACAGUGUGGCAUCAGGCAGAGGCAGUGCCACGUCAGCGCGAGGCGGAGGGGAGGUGCAGCAUGUGGGUGCGAUGCAGUCGCUGUGUGGCAGUGUGCGGGCGAGCAGGGCAGGGGAGACCACCAGCAAACACCGAUAUGUGAGCACACCGGGUCCCACCUCUCCCUCUCCUCCCACCUCUCCCUCUCCUCCCCACCUCUCCCUCUCCUCCCCACCUCUCCCUCUCCUCCCCACCUCUCCCUCUCCUCCCCAGUGCCCCCCCUUGCCAACUCCUCAGACCCACACCCUCCUCACUCUGCCUCCUCAAACUCCCCUCCAUCUCCCCAUCCCCCCAUCCCUCCAUCCCCCCAUCCCCCUAUCCCCCCAUCCCUCCAUCCCCCCAUCCCCCCAUCGCCCCCAGGCGUCCCCCAUCCGCCCGGAGGACCUGGAGUGCCCGGUGCCGCUGGCAGCGCUGGCGAGGAGUCUGCAGCACACGCCCGUCACCGGGGACGAGGUCGACGUGCUCCCCGCGCGCUCGCCCCUCCAUGCCACCCGCACUCCUACCGGCCCCCAGGGCGGCGGUGGCAGCAGCAGCACUGCUCUCACCACGCCCACAGCAGACAGCAGCACGAGCGGCAACAGCGGGUCUCCUCCCCCCCACAUGAGUGGCGCCAUGGAGUGUGGGCAGUGGAGCAUGCACCACAACCCAAUGGCUGCCCACAGCCUCACAUGUGAGGCGCCUCCAAGCAGGAUCGGUGUGCCUGGACUUAGUGCGAGUGGGGAACAAGUGGCAGAGAGUGCUGCGAUCAAACCUGCACCUGCCACUGCCACUGCCACUGCCACUACUAAUGCUGAUGAUGCUGUCACUGGUGGUGCAGGCGAGGGCGCGUGGGAGGAGGAGGUGCAGCAGGAGGUGAGGGUGCUGGAGGCGAGUGAGAGGGAGCAGCAGCAGGCCGUGGCAGAGCUAGAGCAGUUCGUGGAGGAGGUGGGGGAGGGGCGGGGCGAGGACAGGGAGGGAGGUGCAUGCGGUGAGGAGGUGGAGGGAGGAGAGGAGUGUGGAGGGAGAGGCAAUGCGCUGGGAGCUGGCACACAGGGGAGGGAGGGCGCAGGGGGGAAGGGAAAGGGCAACGGGGAGGAGUGUGAAUCAGUGAGUGGGGCAGUGGGGCUUGGGGCGACGGUGCGGCAAGGCAGCAGCGAGGCGUGCAGCGGUGGUGAGGCGCGUGCUGUGUGUGCGAGUGUGAGUGGCGGUGGGGGGAGGAUGAGCAGUGCUCACAGCAGACAGGCCGAGCGACAAAUGGGCAAGGGAGAGAGCUGUGAUGGGGGCUUGAGCCGCGAGACCACUGCUGGAGACAGCAACACGGAUGGGGGUGAGGGGGAGGACGCAGAGGAGGGCGGAGGUGAAGUGGUGGGGGAGAGGGGAGUGAGGGCAUGGGUGGUGGCGGCAGUGACAGCAUUGGAGAGGGCAGUGGAGGGGGUGCUGCAGAUGCUGCUGCUGGCUGCCGUGGUGCUGCUGCUGGCCGUGCUGGGCGGCAGGCUGGCAGCCGUGGUGCACAGUGAGGGUGGCCAUGUGGAUGACUUCGUGCCCACCUAG